AAUAAAAUAUAAUGUUAACACCAAACAUUUAAUCCUCACCAAGUAAGAGAAACUGGAAAGAGUGAAGUGAAGGGCUUCGCAGCUGAAGAUUAGACUCCAUAUUGCUCAAUGCUGAUGGAAAUGAAAGCCCUUUGUGCAAGCCGCUUGUCUGAUUUUUCAUCUCUCUUUAGAGGAACUCUUUGCAUCACGGGGACUCGACUUUCUUUUCCUGAGAAACUCAUCUUUUGCCAAGCAAAGCUUGUAUUAACACCAUGUUGUGAUAUAAAAGCAACUUUUUCUUCUGGAAAUGGAUCGUUCAACUCCAUAGUAGUGCCUCCAACCCUGUUAGCAGCUGAAAAAGAAGAAGCCAAAUCUGUGUUAUCCUUGUUCUUGAAGAAACAAGGUCUGAGCAAGGUAGUUGCUGCAAAAACCAUCACUAAAUCAGAUCUUCUCAUCGAUCACCUUGUCUCAAGGCUUCAUUCUGUUCAUAAAUCUCGGUAUCUUGUAGGAAGAGAGCUCACAACUCUUGAGAUCAGGGACACUCUUAUUCCUUAUAUUGAUUCUCUUCUUGUAGAGCAUGGAAAUGUCGUAAAUUUAGUGGAGAACUUUCCUAAUACACCUGUCAAAGACAAGUCAGCUGCGUCAGUCUCUCAACACCUUUCCACCCCCGACUCCAAGAAGCCGAAAGGGGUCUCUAAUGCACCUGUUAAAGAAAAGGCAGCUGCGUCAGUUUCUCAAUCCUUUUCUGCUCCCCUUGACUCCAAGAAGCCAAAGGUGGUCAGUAAUGGACCUAGUGAAAAAACGCCAGCCACAUCAGUUUCUCAAUCUGGUUCUGCUCUUGACUCUAAGAAGCCAAAAUCUGUCUCUCGAAUGAUUGAGAUUGGCACAGUUGGAGAUUUACGCCCUCAAUUCCUCUACCUCUUAGAGCUUGGCAUGGAUCUUGAACAGAUCAAGGUAAUUACACGCAGAUGUCCUGAUUUUGGCUACUGCAGCUUGGAGGGGAAAAUCAAACCACUAGUUGAGUUUCUUCUUGAUCUUGGGGUACCUAAAUCAGACAUUCCUAAAAUCCUCAUCCAAAGGCCUUCAUUGUGCUCAGUUAGUCUAUCUGAAAAUCUAAUACCCACAAUGAUGUUCUUAGAAGAUUUGGGUGUGGACAAGGACCAGUGGGCAAAAGUUAUAUACCGCUUCCCUGGACUCCUCACUCAUAGCAGGCAGAAGUUUCAGGCAAUCGUUGAUUUCCUGUACGAGUUAGGCCUAUCAUCUGAGAGUAUAGGUAAAAUCUUGACUCGAUGGCCAAAGAUUGUCGGUUAUAGCGUGGAGGAGAAUCUACGACCAACAGUUGAGUACUUCCGUUCAUUAGGGGUUGACGUCUCCAUUCUUCUCCGAAAAUCACCACUGACUCUUGGUCAUAGUAUUGAAGGCAAUCUGAAGCCUGUGACCGAUUUCUUCUUGGCAAAGGGGUAUAGCGUGGAAGAAAUUCGGACCAUGAUUUCGAGAUAUGCAGCUCUAUAUACUUGUAGCUUGACAGAGAAUUUGAUACCAAAAUGGGAGUUCUUUUUGACCAUGGGAUAUGAAAAAUCUGAGCUGGUUAAGUUCCCUCAAUAUUUUAGUUACAGUUUGGAGCAGAGAAUAAGGCCAAGAUAUGUGCUUGUAAAGGAGUCAGGAGUGAAAAUGCUGCCCACUCAAAUGCUCUCUCUGUCAGGUUGUGACUUUGAGAAAGUUUUGAAGAUGAAAAUACUGAAAAUGGUAACCACCACAUGACCCCUCAUCACGAGAAAAACUUACAUAAGACAGUCUCACCAUAUCAUCUCUUAGACUCGACGGUCUCACCACAUCACCAAACUGACAUAUGAGAAACUAUCAAAUUAAGAUAUUUGACGCGGAACAUUUCAGUGGUACGAUUGUGAAUGGAAAAUUUAUCUAAUACCAAAAGACUCUUAGAAUGUAUAAAAUUGUAAGGGUUUGCGGGAGAAUUCUUUUUUCUUGUUUCUUUCAAAUGUAAGGGUUUACUGUCGGAUAACAUUAUCCUAUUGAUGGUUGUCCAAUUUAUAACCCAACUAGAUGGAAAGCCUAUGCGUUAUG